AUGGCUGGCAGUGUCCUUGAGAGGCUUAGCACCAUCACCAUUAACCCUCAGCAGAUUCUGGAGGAUGUCCUGCCAAGGAUCCCCAGCACCGUGCGUGAGACUGAUGUCCCCAAACUCUUCCGGGAGCCUUACAUCCACAGUGGCUACCGGCUGGUGGAACAGGAUUGGAAAUACUACCUGCUCAGCCUCUUCCAGCAACACAAUGAGGCCCUCAACGUCUGGACUCACCUGCUGGCUGCCCUGGUGCUCCUGAUCCGAUUCCGGGCAUUCCUGGAGACAACCUCGCCAUUCCCAACCGUCUACGGCUUACCGCUAUACUUCUUUGUCAUUGCUUGUGUAACCUACCUGUCCUGCAGUGUCCUGGCCCAUCUCUUCCAGUCCAAGUCGGAGCUGGCCCAUUACUCCUUCUACUUCCUGGACUACGUUGGCGUGGGUGCCUAUCAGUAUGGCAGUGCCCUGGCACAUUACUACUACUGCACAGAGCCUGAGUGGUACCAGCUGAUUCGCCACUUCUUCCUGCCCACUGCAGCUUUCCUGGGCUGGUUCUCCUGUAUGGGCUGCUGUUUCUCUAAGAUCCACUUCCAACGCCCUUACCCGAUCAACCGUAAAGUCUGUCAGGUGGUGCCCGCCUUUCUGGCCUACGUGCUGGACAUCAGCCCCAUUGUGCACCGGAUUGCCACCUGCUGGACCGUGGGCUGCACUGACCAGGCCGUCUGGUACCACACCUGGCAGAUUGUCCUGUUUGUCGUAGCAUCCGGCUUCUUCUCCUACCCCGUGCCGGAGAAGUAUUUCCCGGGAAGCUUCGACAUCGUGGGACACGGCCACCAGAUAUUCCACGUCUUCCUGGCUCUCUGCACGCUGGCCCAGCUGGAGGCUGUGCUGUUGGACUACAGGAACCGGCGCGAGAUGUUCUUUGACCGGGGUGAUAAAGACACUGUCUACGCUUCCUGCAUUAGCUUCAUCCUGCUGCUCUUGUGCAGCAGCUUCUCAGCUCUCUACCUGCGGGGAAUCAUCAGGCGCAAGCUCGACAAGAGAGGGCACUGA